AUGACCUCUCCUUCUGAUGAUUCCAGCGAUAUAUCUAGCUCCAGUUCUUCAGCCAGUACAGAUGAAACAGUAUACCGACCAUUAAAGCACUAUAAAAUCAAUGGGACGCAACAUCCAUAUACAAUUACGGAAGAUGGUUUGGUUUUUGGCGACAACAAGAAACAUCCUUUGAAACGCGAUGCAAAAUAUUUACGACACUUGGUCCAGCUAUGGUUUAGAGUGAACGGAAAGAAGCAAACGAAGACCGUCUGUAUUGAUGAAUGCAUGCUAUCCACUUUUGGCGAUAUGGACGAACCAGACCCUGAAAUGGUGAUCGUACAUCUGAACGGAGAUCACAAGGAUGACAGGUUGAUCAAUCUCAGAUAUAUGAACAAGGUCGACCAUGUUCAACAUCUCAUGGAAGAGGAACACGACUCCGAUGCUUUUCAAGUUGCAUAUAUAAAAAGUCGUCGUCUUGGUAUAGGAUCAGAACCACAUACUUCAUAUGUUGCUACUACUUUUGGUGAUAUUUAUGGAUGGCCUAGUAUUGGAAAAUGUGUGAAAUUGAAACCCACCAAGAUGAAUGGACUGUUGUACAAGGUGAACAUCACAAUUGGCUCUUCAAGGAUCUGGGUGCCUGUGUCAGAAAUCAUGGUGGACACCUUUCGUGAGUUUGAUCAAGAUGGUAGUUUGAAGAUUUUUUUCAAAGACAAGAACCCUACGAAUUUAUCGUUGGAAAAUGUCAUCCAAGCAACAUUCUUAGAAUAUCAACAGACACGCAUCGCUCAGCUUGAAGAAAUUCAUCAUCCGGUAAAAUUCAAGGUCGCUUUAUAUCCAAAGGUCUCAGCGGAUUACUUGACAAACUACUUGGUUUCUUCUGUUGGAACGAUCUAUUCUUUGACUUCUGAACGAUUCCUCACCGACUAUGAACCGUAUGGCACUACAUACGAUGGGAUAAAAUACAAGAAGCCCAAAAAGGUAUCCUUAAGCAAUGGUUCUGACAAAUAUAAAACAAUGCGGGUGCAUAUCUUGGUGAAAUCAUCACAUCACGGUAUUGAAGAAGGAAAGGUAGUUCAUCACAUUGAUCACAACACGCACAACAAUCGAUUGGAAAAUUUGAAAUGGGCGACUAUCUCUGAAAAUGCCAUUGAAGCCAUCAAGUUUUAUCGUGCGCACCCUGAUCAACGACCGCGUAUCUUCAAGACCAUCGGUCAACCUCAGUUACGACAUGACGAAAGCUUUAGACAUAUCGGCGGAAGCGUGCCUGGAAGGAACUACAAGGAUUACUAUGUCAGUCAGUAUGGAACAUUGAAACGGAAGACCAGCAACAGAUCGACUAUCUUCGCCAUAUCGAAAUCACCUGAUGGAUACGUGGUUUACUACUUGUACGAUGAUAAUACUGGAAAACUCACCAGACAAUCUGCACAUCGCCUGGUUUGCUUUGUUUUCAACGGAUCAUCAUACUCUCCUGAAAAGACGCAAGUGGAUCACAUCGACGGUAUUAGGGAUAACAACUAUUACCUCAACCUUCGUUUUGUCUCUCCAAGAGAAAAUGUACAAGGUUCAUCCAAGGUUGGAUGUAUCGUGUACCUGAAAAAUGAUCCAAAAGUGGUAGAACAAUUUGAAUCGAUCUCAGCAGCAUAUGAAUUCUUUGGGGUCAAGAAAAGCCAUACUGUGUCACCUUCAUGCCCUAUCAAGGAAUACGAUAUUGACAUUGAUGGAAACGGAAUGCAAACAUAUAUCUUUCACCGUAUGGAAAAUGAUGACUUGUCAAAUCCUUCCUUUUAUUUUAUGGGGGUUAAUACGGUAUCACUGCCAGAUGAUAUAAGCAAGUCAAACAAAGCGGUCAAUGCUUUAGCUGGUUAUGGCUCUUCUAGUGGUUUUGAACUGGAUGGAAUAACAAGUAUGGAGAUUCUGGAUUGCACACCAAAUGCAAGUCAACCUAUUCUUUUCCAUACUUGA